CUGACCCGUUUUACCGCAGAGCAGCACUCUAGCAGCCCCCCUCCCGCAGCUGCCGCACACUCCGGAGCUGUCAUAAAGUAACAAACAUGGCUCAUCCUGCUCUCAGUUACUGCCGCCUGCUCGGCCGACGUGACGGUUUGGCGCAUUUCAGGAAACUCUGGGUGGACGGGAGCAGCUCGCGGACGUACAGCGGCGCGACGACGCACAGGGAGAAUGAAGUUGAACUUGGAGAGUCGACUUUAGGCGCUCCCAACUUCUCCGCAUCUCUGAAAAACAGCUCCCGAAAGGAGAGGCUCGCAGACAGCAGCGUACUUCCCUUUUCAGCCUUCUUGACUGACAACUUUGGCCGUAGGCACAGCUACCUGCGCAUCUCCCUGACUGAGAAAUGCAACCUCCGCUGUCAGUACUGCAUGCCGGAGGAAGGGGUGAAGCUGACGCCGCGGGGCCAGCUGCUGUCCACCUCAGAGCUCCUCACCCUGGCUCGCCUCUUUGUUCGAGAGGGAGUGGACAAAAUCCGGCUGACCGGAGGAGAACCCCUCAUCAGACCUGAUGUGCUGGAUAUCAUCACUGAACUGAGGAAACUGGAGGGUUUGAAGACGAUCGCCGUGACGACCAACGGCAUCAACCUGGCCAGACUUUCACCGAAACUCAAAGACGCCGGUUUGGACCUGAUCAACGUCAGCUUGGACUCACUGGUUCCCGCCAAGUUCGAGUUUAUUGUGAGGCGGAAAGGGUUUCACAAAGUGAUGGAGGGGAUUGAUAAGGCUAUCGAGUUGGGUUACAAUCCAGUCAAGAUCAACUGCGUGGUCAUGCGAGGCCUCAACGAGGACGAGCUGCUGGACUUCGUGGCGCUGACUGAGGAGAAGCCGGUGGAGGUGCGAUUCAUCGAAUACAUGCCUUUUGACGGUAACAAGUGGAACUUUAAGAAGAUGGUGAGCUACCAGGAGAUGCUGGACCGCAUCAGGCAGCGGUGGCCCAACCUGGAAACACUUCAAGCUGCACAGGCGGACACUGCCAAGAUGUUUAAAGUGCCGGGCUUCAGCGGUCAGGUGGGCUUCAUCACCUCCAUGUCCGAUCACUUCUGUGGCUCCUGCAACCGUCUACGGAUCACUGCAGACGGAAACCUGAAGGUGUGUCUGUUCGGUAACUCUGAGGUGUCCCUCAGAGACGUGCUGCGCUCUGGAGCCUCCGAAGACGAGCUGCUGCAAAUCAUCGGAGCCGCGGUGGGCAGGAAGAAGAAGCAGCACGCAGGGAUGUUCAGUAUCUCUCAGAUGAAGAACAGGCCGAUGGUCCUCAUUGGCACGACGUCCCAGGGCGUUCUGAAGAAGCCACAGGACCGUCAGGGGGCCUCCUCCGUCGUUCCCAGCCUUACAAACGAUGUAGUCCUUAACCCAACAGCCGCUCGCCACGCGCGCUGCUCCGGCAGCGGGAGAGUUCUGAGGAGAGAGAGUUUGUUGUGCCUUUCAGAUCGCGCUGAUUUACCCCACGCAGCCCUUAUUAGCAGCUGGAAGACUUUCCUGGGUGAGGGGGAACCCAUUAGGAUACGUCACCAUGAAGAACUCCCUCAUCUGGCGGAGAACAUUCUCAAUGUAGCGUCCUUUCACUCACUGUGUAACAAUCAGUUUUUUAACACUAGACCUACUCGUUUCAGCACACGCACAAGUGCUCUGAGGGACAUGAAUGAAGGCCUCGGGCAUGCACGAACCAGGGGUCCCUCUGCUCUGCGGAGCAGCACACUGAGGACCCCAGGCGCUUUUUGCACACUACUAAUGAAUGCCAAAUCAACCGCUGCACAGCACAAUGUCAGAUUCUACCACAGCAAAGACUCCAGUUUCGCACCAAGUAAAUCUACAAGUUGCCAAACGGGCGAGCCCGCCGCCGCCGCCGCCGCCCAGCUGACCCACACAGACGCCCAGGGCCGAGCCGCCAUGGUGGACGUCGGGGGGAAGGCCGCCACGGCCCGAACCGCCUCGGCGUGCGCCACCGUCCUCCUGGGACCCGCCGCCUUCCGUCUGCUGCGAGAGAACCAGCUGGCCAAAGGCGACGCCAUGGCGGUGGCGCAGCUCGCCGGCAUCAUGGCCUCCAAGCAGACCGCCGCCCUCAUCCCCCUCUGCCACCCGCUCCCGCUGGACCACGCCGCCGUCGCCCUCCGCCUGGACGAGCCGCGCCGCGCCGUCGUCGUCACGGCGACGUGCCGCACGACCGGCAGGACCGGGGUGGAGAUGGAGGCCCUGACGGCGGCGGCCGUGGCGGCGCUCACCGUCUACGACAUGUGCAAGGCGGUGAGCCACGACAUCGUCAUCACGGACGUCAAACUUCUCAGCAAGACCGGCGGGAAGAGGGACUUCCACCGUGAUCUGAGCCAGACUGACUGAAAGGAGGAGUCUCUCUCUUAACCUUCAGCGAGUUUCCACUUCGGGUUGUUUUGUACCUUCCUGACACGAUGCAGGGUCAAAGUCUUUGCUGGUUUUAGAACCGCACAUGUUUUUGAUUUUUGUAUUUUUUGUUUUUUUGCUCGCCCAGGAUUGUUUGAAUCUGUGUUCCGGUCUUAAAAUGAAAUGGGCUCCAGGAGCACCGAAGCCAAGUUUGCUUUCCUGUAGCAACAUCAAAGCUUUUGCACCAACGGCCAACUAACGAUAAGUCCAUGCUGCUGUGUUUUCUUGGUGUUUUAUAGACACAAAGUCUAAAAAAAACCAAGUGAACUCAUUUGACUUUUUCUGUGAUUGUUUCAUUCUCAAGUGGAAUCAGACACUUUGAUGAUCAACAAGUCAAUAAAUCUAAGUUUAUAUUGGUGGGUUUUCUGUUCGGACUCCAGUUUCCUCCCAAAGUCCAAAAACAUGCACGUGAGGUUGAUGACACUCUUGAGUAUUUUGAAGCGUCAAACAUCAAAAUAAUGAAGAGAUUAACUACGUCUGAACCUUAAACUGGAUUUUAUAGAAAGAUCAUUGCGGGUUAAAGGUGAAAAAAAUAGACUUUCUGUUGCCUACAUGCCUGCAUGCUGUGACUUACAGAUGAUUCUCUUUAGAUCAUUUUAGAUAUCUGUCAUUCCCAACCUCCCUUAAUAACAUAUCCACUGUCACUUUUACCACAUAGUGUGAAUCCUGGAACUCAACUAGUGUUUUACAUGUAAUUUGAGUGAAAUAGCAGAGCUGCCUGUUGAUCUAUAAAGGAGAAGAAGCUGAGGACCGGCUAAUACACACUAAUCCUAUCUGAUGACAAUAAAAAA